AUGACUGAAAGUUUUGAAAUAAAGUACUUAGAACAAUAUGUGCUUUUCAAUAAUAUGUAAAUAGGAUCAAAAGGAACAGUAUUUAGAGGAUGUUUAUUAAAUAAUUAUACAGAAUCUUUAGCAAUAAAAUAAUGUUAAUUGAAUGUAAGAGUUAAAAUAAAGUAAAAAGAAUGAAUCUGAAAGCAUAAAAGUCUUAGAUCUCAUAAAAUUUGAAUUAAAAAGAUUGAAGAACAUCAAACAUCCUAAUUUGGUAUAAAUAUAUGAUGUCAUAAAAAAUCAUAAUAUUCUAUGUUUUGUUCAACCUUAUUGUGAAGAUGGGAGUUUAUAAGAUUAUUUAAAAAAAGAUAAACCAAUUAGUGAAGUAAUUUACAUGUUCAUAAAUUAAGUCUGAGUCAAUUCAAUUUAUGUAACAAAUUAUUGAAGGAUAUAAAGAACUACAUAAAGCUAAAAUUAUUCAUAACAAUUUAAAACCUUCAAAUAUACUGUUACAUAAAGGAGUGGCUAAAAUCUCUGAUACCUAUUAUGCAGGAAUUCUUUAAUAAACAAUAUUGAAAGGAUUGUAAAUUAAAGAUUUAAAUACUAUAAAAUCUUUACCAUUCCCAUGUUAUUUAGCACCUGAAGUUUUAAAUGGAUAACCUUUUAGUAAUAAAUGUGAUAUUUGGUCUUUGGGUGUGCUCUUUUAUUAAAUGUUAUAUGGGGAUUUACCUUGGCAGACAGAUUCAAUUAUUUAAUGGAUAGAUUAUAUUAAGAAAGUUGUACGUACUUAUCUCUCUUAGUUAGCCUUUGCAAUUUCCAACUAAACCAAUUAGAAAAUAAGCAAUUAAAGAUAUAAUAUCCAAAAUGCUUACUAUUAAUCAAGAAGAAAGAAUCUCUUUUCAAGAUUUGAUACAAGAUCCUAUUCUCAUGAUCAAAUCAGAAGAUGCUUAAAUUGAUUUUCAAGGAACAUCAGAUAAAGGUACAUUUUAUACCUAUGAAAAAGAUGAAUUCUUGUCUGUUAUUAAAGCUAAUAAUAUUAUUCUUUAAUAAAAUUUAGUCAUUAGAUAUUUAUUUAAAGAACAAUAAAUACUAUCUGAAGAAGAAUCUUAAUGGAAAUAAAGUGAUAUAGAAGUUAGAAUCUAAUAAUGCUAAUUUGAAAAACAACCUGAUAUUAAUGUAAUAUAAAACAAUUAUUAUAGAUAGAUAAAAUGUUUAUCAUGUACAAAAACUAAAAGAAAAAAAAAGAUACUUUUUUAAAAUUCUAUAAGUAUUUUAUUUUUGAAAGAAAUAUUGCUUUCUUUUAUAAUUAACUUAUUUAAAAGAUUGUUUAAUUACAAUCAGAAUGGUAAAUUAAAUUACCUAUUGAUUUUUACCAUAGAUUGAUAUAUUUAAUUGCUAAAAAUUAAAUUAUUGUCUUAACAAGAAUUAGUAAUCAACUCCAAGCAAAUGGUAAUGAAAAUUUUGAUCAAGAUCUUUGGGGAAAAUUUUAAAAAUCUUAAGUAUUUAAGAUUCUAUAUAUAAAAUUAGUAAUUUGAGAUUUUGGUAGCAUAGAUUGAAUAAGAUGGUCUUAAUACUUUAGAUUUUUAUAAUCAGAUUGCAAAAAGAUGUUAAUAGAUACUACAAGAAGAAUAUAAUAAUAAUUCAAAUAAUUAACUUAUAAUCGGUAUGAUUAAGAAUUUCUUAGCAGCUUUAAAUGAGAAUUUUGAAGCUAAUGAAAUUUUUAAUGUGCUUUAUAGAGAGAGUAUUAUUGAAUGUCUAAAAAUUAUAAAAACUUUAGCAAGCAAAGAAUUAUAAAUUAAUUAAUUAAAUUAUUAUCUAUUGAUUGCACUAAAUCCAUAUGAUGAAUUCAAAGAUAUUAACUAUGACUUCAAUAUCUUUUACGAAGAAUCAGAAAAUUAUACAUUAUAAGAAUUACAAGAAAAAUUAGCAAAGAAAACCAAUAAAUGA